GACAUCAUCGUAGUGUGAUGUUUAAGGGAAUACUAGAAAAGAAUAGAAAAAGAAAAAUAAUUGUUUCUUUAUAUAUAUAUAUAUAAAUUUUUUUUUCAUAAAGCUUUGGUGCUGAAAAUAACUCUAUGAAAGAUGUCGAAAACUUCACUGUAUUGUUUUUUUUCUGAGAAAAGUAAAUGAUUGAUGAACUUGUUCGUCUUGCUCCUAAUUAAUAUUUUCUUUUUUAACAAUCGAAUUUAAAUUAAAUUGAUAUGUAAUUUGAUACUAAUAUACAACUUAGUUUCUAUAGAUCGAUUAUUAUCGAUUGAAUAAAACUAAAUAUUAAUUAUUUAAAUGAUUGCUUUGACUUGAUUAUUCAUAUUCAAUAGUUGUCUAUUACUACUUGAUAUUCUAGAUAGGCUUAAUUAUUAUAAAUAUAAUCCUAUACAUCAUUGGGUUUGUCAUAAGAUUCGAGAUGGUGGAACAUGUACACAAGGUUCUGAACAAAAUCUAUUAGCACCAACAUUUCUUCGAGAAUUAAAAGUACUUGUUAAUCAAUUACUUGGCAAUGAUUUAACUGAUGAUUUAAUAAAAUUAAUAACUUAUUUGGCAGUAACUCGAUGUAAAAAAAAACGUGUUUGUGAUGAAGAUGAUGAUCUUUCUUUAUAUUUUCUUGAAGCAUUAGUAACAGCAAAUCAAAAUCAACGUUUAUCAUCAUUAAGAUUACAUUUAUCAUUAGCUUUUGAUUUAAAUCAACCAAAAUUUGCAAGUCGAAUGCUACGUGAAAAUCAAGAUAUGCCUGAAGUAGAUUUGAUACAAUUAGCUAAAAUGGCAACUAUACGAGAUCAAAAUUAUAAUCAUAAUCUUUUUCUUGAAUGUAUUGAACAAGAUUUUGGAUGUACUCUGGAUGAAAUUUAUCGAUCAGCGGAUGAAAAUAAUGAAACUGCAGAAGAUGGAAUACAAUCAAUUAAUGUAAAAUUAUUUCUAUGGGCAAAUCGAUUGUGUGGUGCUCUAGUUGCUGCACUUGUCUAUCGUCGUACAGCUGAUUUAUGUGAGAAACGAAGUUCAACAGAAACUGUAACUGUACAAAAAUUAAGAGAUCAUGCUGAUGAAUAUGAGCAACUUGCUAUGCGUCUCGUUCAAUGCCUUUAUUUAUCUAAUCCAAAUUUACCAAGAUUAGCAUUAAACCGUGAAAAUUUUGAAUUUAAUAAACUAUCAUCAUUAGAAGUUGCAAUCAUAUCGCAUAGUGAAAAUUUUGUUGGACAUACAAGUGCUCAAGAAGUAUUUGAUAAUAUUUGGAGCGGAGAUACAACUCAUAAAAUAAAAGGUAAACAUUUUGAUCGAAUGCUUGCAAGUACUGCGUCUUCAUUUGGCCAUGCAACAACAGGAAUUCAAGUAAAAGAUCAAAAGGAUUUCUUUAAAUGUAUCUUUUCAAUAAAAAAUAAAUUAUCUCGACCACGUGUUAAAUAUCAAGUUCAUUUUUUAUUCUACAUAAUUUUCUUAUGCUUAUUGUCCUAUCUUGUACUAUUUGUUAAACCAUCUUUAAUUGAAUUAAAUGAAGAAAUGGCAUUUUCAUGGGAAAAUGGUUCAUGUAUACAUGACAAUGCAGCAUUUUGUGCAAGACCAAAAUCGUUUACUAAUUCAUGGUCGAUUUUA